AUGCCUGCGGCAUCCUCGGAGGACUUUGAGCUACCACCUACUAUCUUCGACCCCACGACUUGCACGCGCAAGGGCCUUUGUCCCGUCACGCAGAUUCGCAACCAGGCAGAGACUCUGGAGGGCCACUCGUUGUAUUAUGAGAUACACGGGUCGGGUCCGGAGAAGGUCAUCUUCAUAAUGGGGCUUAACUCUACCUCGGCUGGGUGGUUACCCCAGGUGGAAUACUUCGGACGCCAGCCGGAAUACUCUGUCAUGGUGUUCGAUAAUAGAGGGGUGGGAAACAGCGGGGCACCUCGGGGACCAUACACCACGAGCGGGAUGGCAGAGGACGCGAUCACGCUACUGAACUUCGUGGGAUGGACUGAGAAGCACCAGGUUCAUGUCGUCGGCGUGUCUCUUGGGGGAAUGAUUGCUCAAGAGCUCGCCAGUAGAAUCCCGGAGCGGAUUGCGUCCCUGAGUUUGAUCGUGACGAAGGCUGGGAGGCGUCACUGGGUGGACCUUCCCUCAUACACAGGAUUGCGAAACCUCUUGCGGACGAUGACUAUCCGUGAACCAGAAAAACGCAUCCCACAUGUUUUAGACAUGUUAUUCCCCAGGGCUUGGCUGGACGCUAAGGAUCCCUCAGAUCCUCAAGGGCGGACGAAUAGGGAGAUCCAGGAAGAGGCAUACAAGAAGCGCGUUGCGGUCACGCGCCCUCAACCUUUCCUAGGAGCUGUCUCGCAAAUGGCAGCCGCAACGACCCACUACGUUUCGCCCGAGCGACUGCGGAAGAUCUCCUCGACCAUUCCGAAGGUGCUCAUCGUGACAGGAGACACCGACCACCUGAUCGACCCACGCAAUAGCCAUCAUCUGAAGGAGGACAUGCCAGAAGCCGAAUUGAUUGUGAAGGAGGGCGGAGCACAUGGACUCGCGAUGCAGUACAAGGAUUGGUUCAACGAGGUCCUUGAGAGGACCUUCAAGGAAGGGCGGCAGCGCGCGUCCUCUUCGCAGUAG